AUGGCCCUCCUCCUCAUCCCCACGUGGGCGGGUCCCAUCCUGAAGAAUACUGGGAUGGAUUGGAUCAUUCACCUUGAUACUGAUGAGUUGAUUCACCCAGCUGGUGCCCGAGAGUACUCCCUGAGGCGAUUGCUUUUAGAUGUUCCUGGCAAUGUUGACAUGGUUAUCUUCCCCAAUUAUGAGAGCAGCAUUGAGCGUGAUGACAUUAAGGAUCCUUUCACUGAGGUUUCCAUGUUUAAGAAAAAUUAUGAUCAUCUUCCGAAGGAUACAUACUUUGGUCUAUACAAAGAAGCAACACGUGGUGAUCCAAACUACUUCCUUACUUAUGGUAAUGGGAAAUCGGCUGCAAGGGUUCAAGAGCAUUUGCAUCCAAAUGGUGCUCAUAGAUGGCAUAAUUACAUGAAAUCUCCAAAUGAAAUUAAAUUGGAGGAGGCUGCUAUUCUGCAUUACACCUACACAAAGUUCUCAGACCUAACCUCAAGGAGGGAUAGGUGUGGUUGCAAGCCAACUAAAGAAGAUGUGAAGCGAUGUUUUAUCUUGGAAUUUGACCGUUUGGCUAUCAUCCGUGGCCUCAAGGAAUCCGUGUCUUUACCAAUGCAAGAAUAUCAGCCGAAAGCAGUACCAAAAAUAAAAGUCAUCAAACAUGGGUCUUGA